AGCGCAGGGACAGAGGGCAGGUGGCCCCGCGUUUGAUCAGGAAAAGCGGGGGUGGGAGGGGGGCACGUGCGGCCCCGAGACAGAGGAAUUGAGACCCCGGAGCUGCCCGGGGGGACCAGCUGUACGUUGGGGGCUCAGGCGGGUGGCUGUGCCCCGCCACCCCAGUUUGGAAGAGCAGGUUCCCUGCGGCGCUGGGCUCCGCAGAGGGCUCCAGCCUCCCCUGGCCAUGCCAACACGUGUUAUCAAGCGGGCGCCUGGUAUGCCGCCAGGCUCAGCCCUGCCAGCUGGGGAUGUGGUUUUUUGCAGGGGGGCUUCUGCUCGGGUAUUUACGGCGCGCGGCGGUCCCAGCAGAAGUUCAAGCAGACGGCUCGCGCUGCGCUCGCGGGCUCGCAGCUGCAGCGCCGGGCACGGAGCGCUCCGCGCCCCGCGGCGGGUCCCGACCGCCCGGCCAUGGGCUGCACAUGCAGCACGACCGGCCGCUGCCAAGCCAGGAGCAAGAAACGACUAAGAGCUCAGCAGCCAAAGGGGCAGGUUUCCCAGGAGCUGACGGCCUUGAAGACAGAGAAUCAUGUCACCGCAGCUCCCUUGCACGAGGAUGUGGAGACGAAGAAGGCGCUGCUGCUGGAGGAUCAGAAGAGUGAGAUUGCGACGCUCCUGCAAGGACAUCAGGAGGAAAUGGAGAGGCUGAAGGAAGCCCACCAGGCAGAGACCCAGAGACUGACCCAAGACAUUAAAAUCCAGGUGGAAAACGAAAGAGAUUUAGAGCUUAAAAAGCAGCUCUCAGAGCAGUUCAACACACUGAAGAGAGAGCAUGAAGAGAACCUCCGAGAACUCCAGAGGGCCCAUAACCAGGAGACGAUGCUCUUAAGGGAAACCUACGAAAGGUCCCUGUCUUCCUUACAGGAGGUGAUUGACGGGUUGAAUUCCCAGCUGAAGUCCUUCCAGGAGAAAAUGAAACGGGUGGAGGAAUCGAUCUUGAGCAGAGACUAUAAGAAACAUAUUCAGGAUUAUGGGAGCCCCAGCCAGUUCUGGGAGCAAGAACUGGAGAGUCUGCAUUUUGUCAUUGAGAUGAAGAAUGAACGCAUCCAUGACCUGGACAAGAAGCUGCUGAACUUGGAAACAGUGAUGGAGAAGAACCUGCUUCUGGAGGAGAAAGUGAAAACCCUUCAGCAGGAGAAUGAGGAUCUGCACGUUCGGACACAGAACCACUUGACAAUGACAAGGCAACUGUCUGACGAGCUCCUGGUGGUUCGGGAGGCCCUGGACAAGGAGUCCCAGCUGCGGGAGCAGGCGCACCGGGAGAAGGAAGAGCUGCUGUACAGGGUCCUGAAUGGUGACUCGUCCCCUACCUUCCCCAUCCCCUCCAGUGAGGUGCCGCUCAUCGCCACGUAGCGCUCUGGGAAGUGGCAACGGAGGCUGCUGGGAUGAGGAAGCAAGCGAGGGGCACCAGAGACUCUUCCACCCCUCGUUUUAGCGCUUCCUUUAUUGCACAGGUCCAAAGCUGCUGUCAUGGGGACUCUGUCCAGUAGAAGGGGAGCUCCUCAGACUUCCAACCCUGGGACGGCCUCUCUCUAAGGGGACAGUGCAGUAUUUCUCGGAACCUUUUCAAUGUGCUUUUAACCCUCCUGUGUGUCCCCCUGCCUGACUCUGAACAUGGGGGAGCUUACGAGACACCCCAGAACCUAGACACAUGUGGUGUGAGGUAUCCUGGCUGCCCCUGGCUUCACAUCUCAGUCAGUAGCUGUGGUUACAAGGGGAACAAGCUAGCAAAGCUAAGGGGCUCUCCGGUGCGUUCAGGAAGGAGAGGCCUGUUUCACGCACUGGUUUGCCCAGGUGAAGCUGAACCGGAGCCCUGCAUCUGAACAACCUCAGCUUCUGGGGAAGUUUGGAUCAGGCUCCGGGGCUGAAGUUCGCAGCUCGGGUCCAUCUCUAACCAGAACCAAAGUGAAGGAUGCUCGUCUCAGAUGGAGCUGUUUAAAACAGCAACUAGCUGAGUCCAGCAUCAGCCACGGGUGGCUUUGUGGUGUACACAGGCAGGCAGCGGGUGAGGCGACCCCUUGGCGUCUCUCUCUCUGGUAUUCUUCAAGAACAACCCCGCAAGGAAAGUUUGAGAGUCUUGGAGCUGGAACAUGCUGCUCUGUGUGACCCAGGCUCAGGGCUGGCACUGGCUUCCAGAAGACUGUGCCUGCUGCUGGCCAAGAAGCAACACCAGCUUCAGAAGAAGCAGCAAGCCUGCUGUUCCCAGCUGGAGAAACGGCCCCGAUGGCCCGUAGCAGCCACCCGAAGUGGUGCCCGAGGUGGCAAACAGGGGGGGAAUGUCUGCUGGGCCAAGUGAGGAUGGGGAGAGGUAACACAGUGAGCAAGAGGUGGACAGAGCUUGUCUCUCCCUGGUGCGCUCACUGCUCAGGCUUUCUGGGAGCAGAUGGUUCCAGCUCCAUAGGGUUGCCCACGCACCCCCUGUCCCUGGAAACCACCUGGCAGUGGCAACCAGAGCUGGACCAGUGAGCGCCUUCAGCAGGAGUUUGGGGAGCAGCAGAGGGGAAGAUGGACAGCUGCAUGCCCCUGUCUCAGAAAUCCCAGACCUGCCUUCAGAUGGAUCAUGUGGUCCAGUAACACCUCUGGGAGGAGAUGGGGUGCCUAGAGCUCCUGGUGCCCAAUGACUAGGUUACAUGGGCCCAUGGAGGGUGACUGGAAAGUUUGCUCCUGUGAGCGGGGCUGCUUGUCUAGUCCCGCUAAGCUCCCAGUACUUUCCUGAACCCUGUGCUGGGCUCACCCUGGCCAGACCCCUUGUCUCCUGCCAUGCUGGUCCUUUCUGGUUCCCAGCUCCAUAGUGAAUCUUCCUUGGGGCUGCUGCAGUGAGAAUCACCAUCUCCUGUAGCCUUCGCCUUUUGUUUGUCCAUGGCCCUGGUGGCCUUCCCUGACAGACUCGGCUUCUCUUCCAGGUCCCAUGCCCUCCUUCCUGUUGGCUUCUUGCCAGAGUUCAGCCCGCGGCCUGCCAAGUUCUCUCUUGCUUUUGUUUCAGAGCACUGCCUCCCAGGGCUUCCCUCCCUGGAAUCUCCCCUUCUCUGGGUCUGCCACAGGUGCCUGUCCCCUUCUGCAGCUCCUCUUCGCAGUCUUCCAAGCUUCAGUCCAAAUCCCCCUUAGACUUUGCUGUCACUGCCUCCUGCUUCCUCCUGGCUCAAGACAAUAGUCCUAUUGCCCCAGGCUUCCUCCUGGGCCAGCUCCUUCUAGUUCUGGCUCUAGCCUCCUCUCUGCCCUUAGCCCAAGAGAGAACAGUCCUGGGUCUACCUCUCUCCUGGGUCUCCUCCCUGGCCUUUCUUUCUGCUGUGCUCCUUCCCUUAUGAAGGCCCACCUCCAGUUACACUUAACACCACUCCAGGUGCCACCCACUGGCCUAACAGGUCUCAGGCUGGGUUAACCAAGCUGAAGGUUUAUAUGCCAUCACAGGGCCAGAUGUCCUCUUACAUUAGGGCUCCUUUACACCGCUCUGGCAGGGCAAAAGGGCCGGAAAGACGGCACAAAUGUAAUUUAUUCCCCCUUUAAGACCCCUUUCCUCUUGCCAGUGUGGUGUCAGGGAGCCUGUUUGUAAAUAAGACUCUGGCCCCUUGAUGUCAUAUCAGAUUCGCUCUGUACAAUAAGCCCCUGAUGCCUCCCGGUCAUUUGCAAAGCAUUGUCCAUUGCACUCUAGACUCGCCCCCUCGCUCUCUCAUAGCUACAGGACACCUCCUGGAAAAGAACGUUUGUUCCUUGCGAGCUCACCUGCUCCUGCUGUUUACUCCCCACAUGAACCUUUAAUCCUCCCCACCGUCGCUGUGGAAAGGACGGUGACCCUGGAAAAACACAUGAUGGCUGCAAACAAGCAGCUGUGCACUCCGAAAACCCCACGCUCACUUCACACUGGAGUCACUGGUAACACAAAGCACCAGGCAUCUUGUCAGCUGGGUCCCAUACACCACUGAACUCUGAAAAUUCUCCGCCAAUGAACAGUGCUGCCUCUGGGUCCGUUGUCCUGUUUGUCAAGUGGAAAGAGUUUGUUCUCACGCAACCUGACUGCCGGGCUGGGCAGACCCACCCCUGUCGGCCUGGCCGUGAUUCACCUGGGAGAAUGGCUGUUUCUUUGGUGAGAGUUUGGGCAAACGCUGAAAUCUUGUCAUUUGUGUGCUAGCAGGCAGGGCUUGGAGACUCACAAGAUCCCGUUCAGCCCCCUAAGAAACCUGGGCAAUUUGCUUCAGGUGAAAAUUGGCCAUUUUCCCAAAGAAGGGUCACCAUUUUCACAGUGAAAUGAGGCUUUUCUGUGUCUGGGAGCCGCCUGUUUCCAUGGGUGUGGGAAAUUCAAGAUCGUUCCCAUCCUUCCCUGCCCCUUCUCUUCCUCCUCAUCUUUCCAGUUUCUCGUUCUCUUCUGUGCCUCUUUCCUUUAUAAACCUCAGGCCCCAGGAGAGAUUUUUAGACAUUGCACAAAAAUGCUCCAGAUCACGGACACCACAACUAACAAGCAGUUCUGCUCGACCAUCUUUGAGAGCAAGUGGGGCGGGGGGAAGCUGUGUCUAGAAUGUGAACUGCGACAGGGUCAAUCCUCGCUGAGAGCCGAGUGUCUGCACAGUGCCUGGGUUGGCACAACGGGGCUGGGGGGAAACCAGUCUGUUCUGCUCUGCAUAGCUCAGUCUCUGAGAGGGGUAGACAAGAUCCCCUGAAGAUGUCUCAAACCUCUGACAGUCUUUCUAGAACCCCCACAAGCCCGGGGGCCUGAGUGAAGGGAACUUAGCGGGGCUCUCGAGAACAAUGGAGAAGUCAUUGCUCACUCAGUACUGACUAAUUACAACUCCCCGGCUUCCCCAUCCUGUGCCUUUCCUUGCAGCCCCAUUUCUUACAGAGCCCAGGGCCCUCCGAGUGGGUUGGCCUAGAAAGAGACUGUACAUAGCAGCAGGAAGGAGCAGCUCUGGUGGGCUCCAUUCUCCUUUCGCUUACACUGACGUGACAGGAGCAACUGCCUUAGAGUUACACCAGCCUCAGGGAGCGCUGAAGCAGGCUCAAGAACUAGGUAGAGAUGCACCUGUCUAGGAGCUCAGACUAGGCCACCACAGUGGGACCUUCUGGCCUUGAAGUCUACAAAUCUUGGCUCUGAGAAGCACGACGGUCAUAGGAUGCAUCACGACAACGUGGGCCCCUGAAUUGUGUGCUCCUGCUUCCCUCGCCAAGGGCUCAGAGCCCUGAGACUCUCCCAGGGCCUGUCUUAGCUGAGGAACCAUCCGUUAGCAAAGUCUGCGCUGGUGGCAGGGAGUAAAUCCACACGCCGCUGACUUAGAACUUGAACCGUGUUUGGGUGCCACCCUACAACUUGCUCAGAGUACAGUGGCCGGGAAGAGAACACCUGGGCCCACGCUCUGCUAGGGAUGGCGCUCUGUCCAGUCGUCACAGGGCAUGGCUUCCAUCUUAAGACUUGGCUGCUGUCCUUUUGCCACAGAGGUUCCAGCUCCUGCUGCGGAAGCCGAACGGAGGCUGCUAACUUUGGGGUAUCUGUUACUCCUCUAGGGGUGGCUUCUUUCUAAGUCCCCGUUGUGUUUGUAGUGGUAUGUGUAAAGCCAGCCCCGUCGCUGGCUGUCUUCUCUUUCCUUCCCCCCUCCUCCGUGCCCUAAUGUGCCCAGAGCACUGACGGUGCUCCACGCAGACAGGUAAAUCAGGGUGAGAGGAGACGGCGGCACAGUGUGGCGUGGCUGGGGAGCUGACGCUCGCUAAUUGGAUGCACGCAAGCACUUUCCGCUGGGCGUGCGAAUGCUUUCAGGAGAGACCAAGUGGAGCGUUAGCUAGUGCCACAGACUGCCCCUGAGCUUUGCACCAGGAGUGUGGAGCCGUGCGUGUGUGUGCGUGCGUGCGUGUGUGUGUGUGAAACAGACCUGUGUGCUAAAGGCUGUAACAAUACAGUUCUGGAAGGGGAAGAUACCCAAACAAUGAAAUGUCAGUAUUUUCCA